AUGGAGUCCCAACCAACAGCCAAGGUGCUGCAUCAUCGCAUCAACACCGAUAUCUCACAACUACUCCAACGAUUCGAAAAUAUCAUGGCCACAGCGACUGUCGAGAACCCUAGCUACACUUCCAGCGCCGUGGAGACAUAUCAGCUAGAUGUCGAAUCAACAGCUCUGAUCCGUGCCGCCGAAGACAUCCUCGCAUUAACCAGAACCAUGAAAGAGACCUGGCUAUUCGGUAACUUGAAUACCCUCGGCGAAGAUGAAAGAGACGUACAACGUCGAGAAAAUCUAGAGAAAGACGCAGCUGCUGUACAAAAAGCUGUUGAGGGGGGUGGCCUCUCGAAGCUGGCGCCGGGGAAAUAA